UAUAAUCAAAUCUACUACUUCCCAGCUUCAUUGAAAGAUUAACAUGGAAACAGUAACUAAGGUGAAAAAGGGUGCUGCAGGUAGGAAGGCCGGCUCUGCCAAGAAGAAAUCUGUAACCCGUUCCAUCAAGGCUGGUUUGCAAUUUCCUGUUGGUCGUAUCGGUCGGUACCUUAAGAAAGGUCGAUACGCUCAACGAGUUGGGUCCGGCGCUCCAGUUUACCUGGCUGCUGUUCUUGAGUACCUCGCUGCUGAGGUGUUGGAAUUGGCUGGAAACGCAGCUAGAGACAACAAGAAGAACAGGAUUGUUCCUAGACAUCUUCUUUUGGCUAUUAGGAAUGAUGAAGAGUUGGGAAAAUUGUUGGGUGGUGUGACAAUUGCUUAUGGAGGUGUUCUUCCUAACAUUAAUCCGAUUCUUCUUCCAAAGAAGACGGAUAAGGCGGCUAAGGAGCCGAAAUCACCUUCUAAAGCUGCCAAGUCACCAAAGAAGGCUGUUGCUGCUUAACUUGAAUAUCUUCAUUGGCUACUCUUUUUCUCAUUUGUAUUGAGUAGUUAGUUGGGUAGGAUUUUGUUUAGAAAAUUGUAGAAGAUGAUGGAGAGAUAAUUAUAAUUUUUUAUAUGGUUUUUUUGGGUGUGGAUUGAA